AUAUAUAUGCAUAUAUCUAUAUCUAUAUCUUUGUAGUCAUAUAAAUCUUAUAUACCCAGAGCUUAGCUGAGGACCAGAAGACCAGACAUGGAAGAAGCUCUUAGUAGUGAAUAUCAUUUUUCCUUUUUUCUAUACACAUGUAAAUCUGUGUGUCAGUAUAUACAUAUAUAUGCACAUAAAUGCAUGCACACAUUUAUUUAUAUAUGUGUAUGUGUGUAUGUGUCGAUAUCUAUACCUCUAUCUAAGGCCAGGUUACUUACUCAUCAGACCUGCCCUAACAUUCUUCUAGUUUGCAAAAGGGAUUGUCACUGUAAUUUCUCAGCUAUUAUGGUAUUUCCACUGACUGUUUUUGAACAUCUCUUGGAGUCCAUUUUACUAAAUUACAAUCCUGCUAGAAGCAGAAACAGUCUUUCCCCCUGUAUAUACAGAACUAUGCAGGAAGAGAGGCUUCGUUUUGUAGUGUUAGGAAGUGAUAUGUAUUGAAGUGGUCCCCCUGAUGUCCAUCCUGGAUGUCUGAAGCUCACCAGGUCAGUAACAUCUUACUGCUUUUGGCAGCUUCCUGCAACUAAAUGGCAGUGAAGGUGUCACCUUGCCUUGAAAAACACAAUUCUUAACUGGGAGAGCUUUUAAGCUUUGGAUUCUAUCCCUAACCUCAUUCCUAUCUACAUGCCUAUCUCUUUCCCUCUUCCCAUUCCCAUCCAUGUCCCCAUCUCAGUUCCCAAACCUAUCCCUGUCUCUAAUCUCAUGUAAAUCUCUCGUCCUAUCCUGAUUAGUUUUACUCAAUAGUUACUAGUCAUGGAAUUUGUGCAUAUGUUUUUGAAUGUAAUAGAUCUUAAGGGGUCAUUUGAGAAUAAAGAGUUCAGAUAAGUGGCUAGCAGGAAUAAAUGAGAUGGUUGUGACUGUUCGAGAGGAAAAGGAUUGAAUAGCGUAUAAUUAAUAGAUUUAUGUUGGUUCAUUUGGUAAAUUUCAGGCUAACAUUUUUCAAGACAAAUAUAAAGACAUGAACACAUACAAAGUGAAUAUGGAACAGAAACCUGAUGAAUCAAAUAAAGAAGGCACAUUUUUACCAUUGGCCCCAGAAGAAGAAUUAUUACUAGAACAAUUUAAAAUAAAACCUAAAGAGAUAAAAAGUGAAGAUUUAUCACCAGGGCAAUUAUUAGCCCAAGGGGAUUUCAAUUCAGGUGUGAAAAAUGAGGCACAGAGAAGAUAUUCAGAUAGUUACCUUCCCAGCGGUGACUUCAUGGCUUCUGGCUCUAAAAGCAAUACCAUAGAGACCCCAAUAAAAAAAGAAAAAGAAGAAGAAGAAAUAGUAGUGGAGGAAGAGAUUAUUAGCACUGGAAAACCUACAGUGGGAAAGGCUAAAAAGAGAUUUUCCUGGUUCCGCAAUAUCAAAGAACGCAAGCUGUGGAACUUCUUUCAUUUUAAAAAACAUGACAAACAAGUAAAGAAUGUGCACAAGUGGGAAGAAAUUGAUCAAGAGGUAUUGGAUGAUUACUGUCCUUAUUCUACUGAAGCCCCUAAAAUAUUGCCAACACAGUGGACAAAUAUUGAAGUUGGUAAUUGGUUAUGGAGCAUUGGAAUGGAGGAGUAUGUUGUAAAAUUUUAUUGUAAAGGAAUAAAUGGUGGAAAACUCCUUAUACUGGACAAUCGCUUGCUAAAAGAAAUCGAAGUCAACAGGAAGAAAGACCGCCGGAAAAUACUUAAGGCUAUUAAGAAAAUUAGAGAUUUUUUGGAAAAAAAUCAUAUUUGGGUCUUACUAUAGAAAUUGAUGAAAAGAAGACACAGAACCUGAAAGAUAUGGCAAAAAUGGAAAAUGCAAUUACUUUUGUUAUAUUUACUUUUCAUCAUUUUACUUAUAUGUUAAUUUUGCUAUAUGAACUUUUAAGGGAUUUUACUUCCAUGUUACUUUUGUUAUAUGAACUUUUAAUCAUUUUAUUACUGUUAUUCUGUUAUUAUUAACUUUCAAUCAUUUUAUUACUGUUACUUUUGUUGUUACUAACUUUUAAUCUUUUCACUUCCAUGUUACUUUUGUUAUAUGAACUUUUAAGGGAUUUACUUCCAUGUUACUUUUGUUAUAUGAACUUUUAAUCAUUUCACUUCUAUGUUACUUUUGUUAUGUGAACUUUUAAGGGAUUUUACAUCCAUGUUGACUUUUGUUAUAUGAACUUUUAAGGGAUUUUACA